ACACCGUGACGGUCGACAACAAACACAGCAGGAGGUGUGACGACAACCUCCUCCGUGACCGGCGCCGAAGGAUGACAGGUAGAGAGCCGGAAGCAAGAAAUGGUCGGACUGUAAGUAUGAGUAUUAUCAUAGAUGCAGAUUACCUGCGUGGUGCUCGCAUGCGUUGCAUGUUGGGGAGGCGCCAUGUCUCGGGAGCUGCGGCGGUGUUUGGGACACCGAGAUUCUGCUCAUGAUACCCGACCUAGCUAAGAUUUGACAUCGAGCUCAAUAGUAGUGAUGUUCGUCAUCGAGCUGGCGCUUCCCUGGCCCCGAAGUCUCUUUACGUCUUUCGUGGGCCAUGGUGACCAGUGAGUGGGAUUAAGCGUAGAGCUGCUGUUAGUUUCGCCUUUCUGCUAUGGAUGUUUUCAAUCGCAGUAGGUAGAUAAUUAAAGCAAAGCAAAGCAGAUGGGUCGCCUGCUGGUCAACGACUGGUCAACAGGUCACAGCAUGCAAGAAUGCUUACCUACUUUAUUUUUUGAUGAAGCAGCGUUUUGGUCGUGGCGGGCAAAACGGAAGAGCGGGAAUUGAACGUGGUGCAGCGCCGCCCCUCGUCACAGGCAGAGUGGGGGCACCUUGUUUUGGGACGGUGGGGAGCUGCAGGCCUGCCACCCGGGCUGCACCCUGCCCUCUCCGUCCUUCCGUUUAGCGACCGCAAGCCACACAGCCGUCACUGUGGACCCACCGAUCAAUGAUGCCCUUCACUCUCUGAAGAGGUAGGUUGACGGAUCCAAGGCCCAUGGGCCCUGGGGCCCCAAAGGGAAACCACAAGCUUCAGGUCCACAAAAGCCCACCGACGCUUUCUAUCUCACGAUAGUAUAAAGCAAAUGGUCUUUCCUCGUUGUGCCAAACCGUCCCUCCCCAUCUUCCCCAUAGCAUCCAGCAAUCCAUCGACAUCAUCUGCAGAUCCUCUCUCCACAACAUAAAGUCUCCGACACUUCAACUUCAACCCUUUAAACUUGACAUCACCUCGCCGUAUCAUCCAACUUUUUAUUUCCACCUUUGAUCUAAACCUUGUUGAUCUUUGCAUCCCCGCUGCCCUGAUCACUCUUCCCUCUCCACUCACUCGUACUACUUUUUCACCACAUACAUACACAUAUCCGUAAACAUGGAGAGAAAUACCCCCAAGAAGGCUGUCCACUUUGGCGCCGGAAACAUUGGCCGUGGCUUUGUUGCUUGCUUCCUCCACGAAUCGGGGUAUGAAGUCAUCUUUGCCGAGGUCAACGAUGCCACCGUCAGCAAGCUCAACACCCACAAGAGCUACAAGGUGAUCGAGGUUGGCGCUGAGGGCACCACCGAGAAGACCAUCACCAACUACCGGGCCAUCAACUCGAGGUCAAAUGAGGCGGCUUUGGUCGAGGAGAUCGCGACGGCCGACGUUGUCACCUGCUCCGUCGGCCCUAACAUCCUCAAGUUCCUCGCCCCAGUAAUUGCCAAGGGUCUCGCCGCCCGCUCAACGGAUCUGACUCCCGCCGCUGUCAUUGCCUGCGAGAACGCCAUCGGCGCCACCGACACUCUUGCCGAGUUCAUCAAGUCUCCCGAGAACACCAACCCCGCUCUCCUCGAGGAUUACGACAAGCGUGCGACCUUUGCCAACUCGGCCAUUGACCGCAUCGUCCCGGCCCAAGACCCCGAUGCCGGCCUCGAUGUGAAGCUUGAGAAGUUCUAUGAGUGGGUUGUCGAGAAGACCCCGUUCAAGGAAUGGGCCGUCCCAGACAUUAAGGGCAUCAAGUGGGUCGACAACCUCCAGCCCUUCAUUGAGCGCAAGCUGUACACUGUCAAUACUGGCCACGCCACUGCUGCCUACUACGGCUACACUCGCCGCAAGAGCACCGUGUACGACGCCCUACAAGACAAGGACAUCCGGGACGAGGUCAAGAACGCUCUUAAGGAGACGGCUGACCUCAUCACCGAGAAGCACGGCAUCGACGAGGAGGAGCAGAAGCAGUACGUCGACAAGAUUGUUAGGCGCAUCAGCAACCCCCACUUGGAGGAUGCGGUUGAGCGUGUGGGUCGUGCCCCGCUCCGGAAGCUGAGCCGAAAAGAGCGGUUCAUCGGCCCCGCUGCCGAGCUCGCGGAAAACGGCAAGGAUUGCUCAGCCCUACUUGAUGCUGCUGAGAUGGCAUUCCGCUUCCAGAACGUCGAGGGCGACGACGAGUCGUUUGAGCUUGCCAAAAUCAUGGAGGAGAAGAAGCCUGAAGAGGUUGUCCAGGAAGUUUGCGGUUUGCAGCCAAGUGAAAAGCUCUACCCUCAGGUGGUCGACAUUGUCAAGCGUGUCCAGGCCGAUUCGAAUGAGGAGUAAGGUCGUGCUGUGUUGAAUUUCGGUUCGUUCUUUGUCAUUUGACGGCGUUGAUGGUCAAGGCUCCUUGAUGGGAUAAAGCAAAGGGUUCAUUUAGCGUCGGAAAGGGAACAUCGCGGAGUCGAUCCCGGGACACAUGGACACGGCGUUUGGUAUUUUUUCUGGCAUUGGUUGAUGAUGAUACGUGUUAUAACAAAGUAUGCUUCUUAGAGCGGGUUGGUGUUUUAAUUGGGAGUUUCGGUUACUAGACAAGUAAGAGCUAGCAUAUCUUGGAGAAAUGUCGAAGACUUAGUUUUGUACUUGACUUGCUGUUUGUUCACUUGCUGUCUUGCGUCUUCGCGUUCUGUG